AUGGAAAAUGGCUGGAGCAUGUUCCCGGGGAACCAUGGCCAAACUGGUUAUAGCAACAUUAAUAUGACCUGGGAUGUACGGGAGCUUAAUCCUACUGCAGGUACGAGAUUCGAAUGGGGAGACAACAAUAGUAUCAACGCCUUCAAUUUGUACCCCACCGUUAGUAGUAGCGGCAGCACCGCCGCUACCAGGGCAGAGAUUGUUUCAUCACCCUCCUCGACACUUCCUGAGUUAAGUACUGCCCCAUCGCUUAUGUUCUUUCCUCACCAUGUCAAUGCCACGCUCGCCCAUCACUUGAGCCAGGAACACUCGGUUUAUACCGGCGAUGGAUCUCGUAUGCACCCCGACCCUCACCUCGUUUGCUUGAAUCUAGGCAAGAGGCACUACUUCGAGGAUUCCUCCGCAUCUAUGACUGAGCGACACCUGGUCGGUGGUGAUGGGUUCUCCGUAGGAAAGAAAGGCAAAGCGUGCUACCAUAUUAGUGGUGGCGAAAGCGGCGGCGUUGGUGGUGGUGUUGAGCCUCCUUCGUCAUCUAUAGCCGUCAUGGGGACUCCGGCGACGGUACCACGGUGUCUAGUGGAAGGUUGCGAUGUUGAGCUUGUGAAUGCAAAAGAGUAUCACCGGAGGCAUAAAGUUUGUGAGAUGCACUCGAAGGCACCCAAGGUGGUUGUGCUAGGGUUAGAGCAGCGUUUCUGUCAGCAGUGUAGCAGGUUUCAUGUGGUGUCAGAAUUUGACGACUCGAAGAGGAGUUGCAGAAGGAAAUUGGCUGGCCACAAUGAGCGUAGGAGGAAAACAGCUCAUGAUUCUUCUUCUAAGAACUCUGCUCAAGAUAAUAAAUUGAUGACCGGGAGAUUUCCAUACCACCUAUCGUCUUCAAAUGGACGUGCUCACUCUCUUCUGUCAUCUACAUCUGAUUCAUGGAUCUCCCCGUCUGAUCUUUCCACAAGAUCUAGUGCGGCCUUACGUGAGCUGAUUGCUGAAAAUCGUGCUGCUGUGCUGGCCGAGCAGCUUGUGCUCGAUCGAGACUGGCAUUUGAACCAUGGAAUGGAACAUCUUGGAGAUGCCCAUCCUGCUUCCGACGUUCAGCAGCAUCCUUUGUUUCCUCAGGGCUGGGACAAGUUCCAGGAAACUGGUGCUGGGUUGACAUUGAAUCUUAUGCAAGCUUCAAGCUCGGCGUCCGGAAUGUUGUCUGUGAGGGCAAAAGCCGAGGACGAUGAAGAAGAGUGUUCGGAGUUGUGGAAUUCCUUGGAGGGAACACAUGUAGUGUGAACUGGAAUUCCC